ACUGCCAACAAAGCUCUCACACGAUCCAACGAUGGCGAUGGGUUCAGGAUCAGCCAUCCAUGUAUUAUGGACCCACAGACAACCAUGCCGUUAAAGAAGUUUGGGAUUCUUUUUGGGUUUUCAGUCAUAAUUGGCAGCCUGGAAACGGAUAGUUUCGUCAUUUUUGGAGAGGGAAUCGAGGGAGACUGGGAUUUUAGCGGUGAAAUUAGACGCUGGAAUUCCGGAUACGUUUUAAUUUCUUAAUAGUUUUAGAAGAAUUUCGGCCUUGCCUCUGCGCGCUUCUUUCAGACAAUGAUCGUAGGUACUUUUUAUCGGAAUUCUGAUCGUAAUAAUAUUGUUAGCUAUUCAUUUGGCGACGUGGUUUUAUCGAUCUGAACUGGUGGGGUUUUGGUGUUUCGUUGCCGCGUUUGACUUGUGACAUGGUGACUGGAAUCUUUCAAUUUGCAGGCUGGUUAAUUUGGCUUUGAAGUAGUGCAUAUUUGAGCUCUAGCUUUUCUUUCCCUUCUCGACAUUGGAAUUCGAUUUUUUAUCUGUUCAGAAGGGAAAGAAAGGGCUAUCUCGUGAGGGUUUGCCGGAUUUUUGUGUCCGUGUGAUUGUAAGAUUUUGAAUAUGAGCGCUAUUUCGGGUAUGAUUUCUCGGCAAGUAUUGCCUGCAUGUGGUAGUCUUUGUUUCUUCUGUCCUGCAUUGAGGGCAAGGUCUAGGCAGCCUGUGAAGAGGUACAAGAAGAUUAUUGCAGAGAUAUUCCCUCGUAAUCUGGAAGAAGGACCGAAUGAGCGGAAGAUAGGGAAAUUAUGUGAAUAUGCGGCUAAAAAUCCUCUUCGAAUUCCGAAGAUCACAACUUCCCUUGAGCAAAGGUGUUACAAAGAAUUGAGGAAUGAGAAUUUUCUAGCCGUUAAAAUUGUCAUGUCCAUCUACAAAAAACUUGUGGCUUCAUGUAAGGAGCAAAUGCCUCUUUUUGCAAGUAGCUUAAUAAGCAUUAUGCAAACUCUAAUGGACCAAACACGGCAGAGGGAAAUGCAAGUGAUAGGAUGCCAGACUCUAUUUAGUUUUGUGAAUAGUCAGAGUGAUGGGACUUACAUGUUUAACUUAGAAGCCUUUAUUCCAAAACUGUGUCAAUUAGCUCAAGAUGUUGGAGUUGAUGAAGGGGCUGAAAUCCUGCGUUCAGCUGGCUUGCAAGGACUUUCCUCAAUGGUAUGGUUUAUGGGUGAAUACUCUCAUAUCUCUGCCGAAUUUGAUAAUAUUGUUUCAGUGGUCCUGGAAAACUAUGGGGUUUCUGGACAAAAUACUGACAACUCAAAUAAUCGGUGGGUCCAAGAAGUGCAACAGGAUGAGGGUCAUAUCGCUUCAUCAUCAGUUGUCCUGAUGAGCACACCAUCUUGGAGGGAAAUCGUGACUGAAAGAGGUGAAAUGAUACUGAGAGGGGAGGAUGUCCAAAACCCUUGCUUUUGGUCUAGGGUUUGCCUACACAACAUGGCCAAACUUGCCAAAGAAGCUACAACCAUGAGGCGUAUUUUAGAAUCUUUGUUUCGUUACUUUGAUAAUGGAAAUUUAUGGUCUACUGAACACGGUAUUGCAGCUCCAGUUCUAAAAGAUUUGCAGUCCAUAAUGGAACAAUCUGGUCUAAGUACCCAUGUUUUGCUUUCUAUGUUGAUUAAACAUCUGGACCAUAAAAAUGUCCAAAAGCUACCUAACAUGCAGAUGGACAUUGUUUAUGUGACAACAACCCUUGCCCAAGAGGCAAAGGUUGAACCUUCAGUCGCAAUAAUUAGUGCUGUGAGUGACUGCAUGAGACAUUUGAGGAAGAGCAUACACUGCUCACUUGAUGCAAAUACAGGGGAUGAUGUGAAAAAUUGGAAGAAAAGCUUAAGUGAGACAGUAGAUCAGUGUCUGGUACAGCUAAUAUAUAAGGUUGGAGAACCGGGCCCAGUUCUUGAUGCCAUGGCUGUGAUGUUGGAGAGCCUUUCUACCGUUACAGACAUAGCCAGAAGUACAAUUUCUGUUGCUUAUCGUGCUGCUCAAAUUGUUGCCUCCUUGCCUAAUUUAUCAUACCAAAAUAAGGCAUUCCCUGAGGCUUUAUUUUAUCAGUUAUUACUGGCUAUGGUCCAUCCAGAUCAUGAAACACGAGUUACAGCACAUCGUAUUGUUUCAGUUGUCCUUGUGCCUUCUUCUGUUUGUCCUCGUCUAUGCUCUUCAGAUCGUAAGUCAAUGACGGCAUCUGACCUUCCUAGGACACUCUCAAGAACCGUGUCUGUUUUUUCUUCUUCAGCUGCCCUUUUCCGGAAGCUGAGGCAUGAAAAGGUCUCCUCACUGGAAAAUGGUCAUCCAGAUAUGAAAGGUAUCGCUCUUCCUGAUGGUGAACAGGAAAUUGUAAACAAUGGUACGCUAAGUAGGUUGAAGUCGUCCUAUGAUCGGGCCUGUAGCGUAAGAAGUUCUGAACCUCUGGGAACUGAUGCAACUGCUAUCAACAGCUUGAGCAAAAAACCAGAAACUUCUUCUCUCCGACUCAGUAGUCGCCAAAUUACGCUUUUGCUCUCAUCAAUUUUUGUACAAUCCAUAUCUCCCGCUAAUUUUCCAGUAAGCUAUGAAGCAAUUGCCCAUACAUACAGCUUGAUCUUGCUGUUUUCUCGAGCUAAGAAUUCAAGUCAUGAGGUCCUAGCACGAAGUUUUCAGUUAGCAUUUUCAUUGCGGGACAUUUCGCUCAAUUCAAGGGGAUCGCUGCCACCAUCGCAUCGUAGAUCCCUAUUUACGCUAGCCACAUCAAUGAUCCUCUUUUCGUCCAAAGCUUUUGACAUGCUUCAUCUCGUUGAGCAAGUGAAGGCUAUAUAUGUGGACAGAAUGGCCGAUCCCUUUCUACAACUGGUGGAAGACUGCAAGUUACAAGCUGUUGCCUUACAGUCUGAGAUAAUCACUAGUUCAUAUGGAUCUAAGGAAGAUGAUGAUUUGGCCUCAAAAUUUCUAUCUGAAGUAGAGAUAACCGAAGAUCAAACUAGAGAAUCCAUUGUUAUUGAGAUUGUAAACAGCUUGGAUACACUUUCAGACUCACAAGUCUCGAGCAUAAACAAGCAACUUCUCGGUGAGUUCGUACCUGACGACAUGUGUCCUCUUGGAAAUAAUCUGUUAGAGGAUGCUUCUAAUAAAGUUUUUCAGUUUUCUCCAAUUUUUAACAUUGAUGAAGACAUUUAUGAUUCAUUCGAAGACCAAACUAAAGAUAAUCAAGAGUUGCAUAUUGUGAUUCCCCUUUUGAAUGUGAAUCAGUUUUUAGAAUCAGUACUUGAAACGGCACAUCAAGUCGGAAGAAUCUCCGUCUCGACCACAGCUGAUGUGUCUUUCAAGGAAAUGGCCCAUCAUUGUGAGCUACUUCUGGUUGGAAAACAACAGAGGAUGUCAACUUUGAUGAUUUCCCCACAGAAACAGGAGAAGGCUAUGAACGUAUCUCUGCCAAACCAAGAGAAUGAGGUUAGCAAUCCAUCUAUUGAACACUUCACAGCUAACCCACAUCAACCGCCCCCUGGACCAAUUGCGAUGUCGUGCGGGGCUGAAUAUCAGUGUCAUACACACAUGUUCAGAUUACCAGCUUCUAGUCCUUAUGACAACUUUCUCAAAGCAGCAGGUUGUUGAUUCCAUUCCUGUGUAAAGUAAAGUAACACAUGUUCUUUCAGUUGAACCAGAAGUAUUAGGUACUCGAGGCAUCGAUAUCAACAAGCGAGAUGACUCGGCAAUUGGAGUACAUUUUGUAAGUAGCUACUACAGAAAAAAGAUGAGCUUCACUUUUUAUUGUUUUCAGUCAAGUUUGAAGGUCUAAAAUCUUCAAUUCGUUCAUUCUUUUUUUUCCCUUCAAAUUUUCUAUUCAUAUUUCUGGACUCCUGCUGGAAACAACUUGCUAUUUUGCUCCCUGCUUUACGUUUGGUAGUCGUCUUUUGUUUUUUUGGGAGCUUUCAUCUUAAUUUAAUUGAUUGUAUAUUUUGUUUCUCCAUUGCUGUAUUGAAACUCUAUGCUAGUGUUCAUGUUGUACAAUGGAACAGCAUAGCCCUUUUUACGGGAAAGAAAAAAAAAAGGAGAGAAGAAACUAGAGGUAAAUUAUACUCGGUGAAGCCUCUUAUUUC